CCCGUCCCUGCCCUGGGCGCUGGGCCUUUCUGCGCCUCUGCCCCCCGCCGUGGGUCAGGCUUCACCACAGCUGCCCCCGCCCGCGGCUGUGUCAGAUCCCGCGGGCCGCCCUCACCCAGAGCGGGGACGCGUCCCGGCUGCCGCGGCCCGCAGCGCGGCUGCCGUAGGGAACUCCAUUUCCCAGCGUGCCGCGAGGCGAGGCGGGACGCGGCGCGGCGCCGCCGGGCCCUGCCCUGCCCGGGCUGGCGCCAGGGCGUACGGCGGCCGGGAGGGGAGGGUGGCGGCCGGGGCGGGAUGGAGUCGGUGGUCUUCAUCUUCUCGCUGAUUGACUGCUGUGCCCUCAUCUUCCUCUCCGUUUACUUCAUAAUCACACUCUCAGAUUUGGAAUGCGACUACAUUAAUGCCAGAUCAUGCUGCUCAAAGCUCAAUAAAUGGGUGGUCCCUGAGGUGAUCGGCCAUGCUGUUGUAACUGUAUUAAUGCUCAUUUCAUUGCACUGGUUCAUCUUUCUCCUCAAUUUGCCAGUAGCAACGUGGAAUAUAUACAGGUACAUCAUGGUGCCGAGUGGAAACAUGGGGGUAUUUGACCCCACGGAGAUCCAUAACCGAGGCCAACUGAAAUCGCACAUGAAGGAAGCCAUGAUUAAACUAGGCUUUCAUCUGCUCUGUUUCUUCAUGUACCUUUACAGCUAUCUGCAGGUUCAUUAUAUGCCUUUAUUCUUUCUGAUCAAACAUUGUUUGGAAACUCAGACCUCCUUCAUCUCAAAACCACUGUAAGUACAAUAUAAAGAGUUAUGUGAUUUCAGCACCUAGAAUAAGUGGCCUCUCUAGAAUGGAAAAAAUCUUGAGGACCAAGUUUAUUUCACAGGUUCCAAUUUAGAAAAUAAAGUUGAUCUGGCAAAAUUACAAACGAAUUAGUUCUGUGAAGGGGCCACUUCCUACAAGAUCUAAGAACUACUGUUCUUCUACUGCAGUACUAAUUCUGCAAGUCCCCGUCUUCAUAAGCAAAGGACACAGCAGAGUUGGUUUGACUUUCUAUUUCAGAAUCAAGUGCAGCUCUCUCACGAAAGCAACAGCUGUUCCUUACUUGCACAUGCUUCAGUAAUCCA